AUGGCAGAGUGCAACGGAUAUCGGCAACCGGAUUACCCAAGAUGGGCAGCAGGACAUCCUCCACGACCUCCCCGACGCAAGCCACACAAGGAAAGGGGUGUCUCCUCGAUUGUAGAAUGGCUAUGGAACAUAUAUGCUCAAAGGAAACCUGUAGACUUGGAUUUUUGGUUCACAACAAGUUUAGAACCCUGGUUGCGACUACACAGGAGGAAAAUAAAUCAAAUCAGGUCGAUUUUACAGAGAUGCGGCCAGGACAUAAGUGUUGACGAUCCGGAAAUGAAGGACCCGGUAAUCUAUUCAUUUAGAUGGUAUGAGUGUUAUAUUGCUUUGAUGUUUGUCGCUGUUCGGGACUACCAGAAGGCACUGGGUUUGAACCUAGACGCCGAGGACAUCGAAGAGCUUGAGAUGGAUGGGACGCUUGAUCUGUUGGAUCAAAAUGUGGAAUAUACUUGUCAUCACGUCAAAGUCGCCAUUGAAAUACUGGAGUGCUUGGAGGAGGACUUUCUUCGAAAACACCCAGUAGCAGAUAUCUAUAUUAAUGCUUUGAAUGAAGCAUCUGUGUUUGUAUUGAAGAUAUACGGCUUUGGCGAUUGGAUCGGCCCAAUUACAGAUUCAAAAAUCGAAGGCGAUCCUAUUGGAACUUACCUUAGUUGGUUCCAGCAGCCCUUCUCAGUUAUCAGAGCUCGGGACAAACUCGAUUACAACAUUGCCGCCGCCCGGGAGGGCUACUCUACGUAUUUCCGGACAAGGUUCGGGGUCACCCACGCCAAGUUAGCGACCGUAUUCGAAGAGAUAGAGACAGCUCCCUCUUCCUCGCCACCGACAGUAACUGAAGACAUCGAAAGCGGGGGCUCCGACUCGGUACACAUGCAAGAAGUGGUUCAUACUGAGACGUACACAGAUAAGUCUGUCGAAGAGAGUUCGGUCUUGCCCCCGAGCUGCGAUUGUAGUGUCGCCAUGUACUAUCACGGCCCACCUGUGGAAAUGUAUUCCACCCCUCAAGAUUUCUCGUCACGCUCUUCGGAGCAACUUCAGCCACUUGCUAACUCCUGGGAUAGCAUGGAACAAGUCCAGUACACAAAUAUCGUUAACGUAGAGCAGCCUGUCCAACCGGAUUUAUCAAACCAAUGGAGCUACGCUAAUCAAUAUGAUCCAUAUAUGGGGUUUAUCUGGGAUCAGGAGUAUAAUAUCAUGUCAUAG